AUGAUAACGAGUCCUCCUUUGAGUAAUAGUUGUGCAAGUGAUGUUAUUGAUGAUACCGAUUUGGAUCUGGAGUUGACGGAGGUUCUCCAGCUACCAUUGAAGUCCAGUCGAUGCUUGUCUAAUAACUUUUCUGAAUUGUUGUUAGAACACAAGAAGGCUAAAGUGACUUCGCCGUCAGAGAAUAACGAGGUGUGUGAGAAGCGUCAUGUGGAAGAAUUGUUGCAGGAUGCUUCGCAGUUGAACGGGAUGUUUGAACGGACUGCUGAUAAUAAUGAUAGUUUUAGAUCAGAUCUUUUGCAGAGGAGUUGGUAUAGCGGGGACAGAUGCUACAGUAAUACGACAACGAGCAAUGUAAGUGUAGAAGCGACAGCACCAUCAUCGACUACUUGUGGUUCGAUGACGAAUUUUCGGCUAAGCGAGGUGGAGUCUGAUGAUGAGAUUAGUUUUGAGGAUCACCUGAAGCGGGUAAUCUCGAAAAGGCUAGCAUUGAAGAAGCUGAAAAGAGAUGACGACUCCAAAUAUGAUUUAUCAGACAGGACGACUGACUCCGGUGCCUUGUCCAAUUCUCCGGCGCCUGUAUUAUUCACUUCCCCGUACUCCCAGACACAUACGCCAAUUAAGGACAAUAUAUUACCGACCCAGCAAAUUAUUGAAGGCACUGGUGCUGGGUCGUAUAAGGAAGAAUUAUCUGCCGAUGAAGCUUUAAAACUGUUCAAAGAUGAUAUAGAAGCUGUGCUAAAAUUAUCCCAGACUGCAGAGUCUGAUUGUAACUAUAGAGAUCCUUUUGAGAUGAAGUGUCCUGCCACUGUGACAUACCAGCAAUAUCUAGAUAGGAUUAACACCAAAUGCAUGUUCUCCGCAUUGGUCUAUCGGACUGCUAAUUGCUUGUUUCAGAGACUCACCUUACAAAGGCCGCCCACAGAGGCGGUCGACCCCCCGCAAGAGUGGAAAGUCAAGUGGCCCAUCACAAAUGCCCAUAUCCACCGCCUUAUUGUGGCACUAAUACGGAUAUCAAAUAAGAUCUUAGAGGAUACUGUGCAUUCCCACGAAUAUUUCAGCAAAGUAUGUGGCAUCUCUAAAAAGUUAUUGACAAAAUUAGAAGUCUCAUUGAUACUGGCUUUACGCACUGACAGCUUGAUGAUCAGCAGCAGUUGUUUAAACAACUCCUUCCAGCUGCACACUGCGUUAGAGCGACAAAUUUCAAUGUCUUCCUAG